GCGCCCCCCAUGCGCCAGGCGGCCGGACGGCGGCGUCGGGGGGCGCCAUGGCCUCGGCGGCGGCGGCGGCGGCGGGCGAAACGGAGGAAACCACCCGGCUGCGCAAGCCGCGCUUCUCGUUCGAAGAGAACCAGAUCCUGAUCCGCGAGGUGCGCGCCCACUACCCGCAGCUCUACGGCGCGCAGAGCCGUCGGGUGAGCGUGGCCGAGCGGCGGCGCGUGUGGGACGGCAUCGCUGCCAAGAUCAACGGUAUCACCAGCUGGAAGCGCACCGGCCAGGAGGUGCAGAAGCGCUGGAACGACUUCAAGCGCCGCACCAAGGAGAAGCUCGCCCGCGUGCCGCACUCCACGCAGGGUGCCGGGCCCGCCGCGGAGGACGCCUUCUCCGCGGAAGAGGAGACCAUUUUUGCCAUCCUGGGGCCAGGUGUGGCGGUGCCAGGGGCAGGUGCUGGGGCGGAGGAGCCCCCUGCAGCACCCUCCUCACAGCCGCCGCCCCCAAGCGCCUGCCCCCAACGCUAUGUGUUGUCGGAAGACCGCAGGGAGGACCGACGUGCAGAUACAUCAGCCCACAGCAAGGGGGACUCCAGCAGCCCCGAGCCCUGGGCCCGGCCCUCCUGCAAUCCCCAGGAAGGGGGCUGCCCUCGGCCCAAGGAGCGUGAGUCCCCACCCCCUUCGGCCCUGCAGCCAGUCCAGCUGCCUCGCCUGGCCCUGUCUCCACCGCCUCCAGCCCCUCCACUGCCACCCCCACUGCCGCUGGCCCAAGUGGCACCCUCACCCCCAAGCCCCCCACCCCCUCCUCGGCCUCCACCCAUGCUCUCGGCCCCAGACCCCUCCCUGGACUUCCUGCGAGCCCAGCAGGAGACUGCCAACGCCAUCCGGGAACUGGCUGGUACCCUUCGACAGGGACUGGCCAAACUGAGCGAGGCCCUCAGCGCCCUGCUGCCCCUUCUGCCAGGAACCCCAGUCGACUCCCUCCCCCCACCUCUGCCCCCACCCCCACCCCCACCCCCAGCUCCCAGGCCUGUCCUGCCCCCUCCAGCCCCCAAAGUAGAGAUCACCCCAGAGCCCGUGUCUGUGGUGGCUGCUGUGGUGGACGGGGCAGUGGUGGCAGCCAGGGGAGUGAUCAUUGCCCCAAGAAGUGAGGAGGGGGCGCCCCGGCUACCUUCAGCCCCACUCCCUCCACACGACUCCCCCCCACACAAGCGGAGAAAAGGUUUCCCUACACGGAAAAGGCACGGUCGAUGGAAAUCUCCGUGAAAUCUACUAUCUACACUCCUGCCUGCACCCCCUCUCCCCAGCUUGGCGCAGUCGAGGGGGGCGAUGCUCUCUGCCCAUCCCAGCUGCACCCUAGCUCCCUGCUCCAGGGAUGUGAGCACCCACUCCCUGUGCUAGUUAGUGCCUGAUUCUCUGGGGGGGCCUCAGCAG